AUGAGUUGGGUACUUGCAUUAAGAGGUCCACCUGUGAUUGCUUUUGAGUUUAGGCAUUGGGGUUACCUUGAAGUUCCCUUUAAAGGACAUGCUUCUACUGGAGAAUUGGUUCAGUUUUAUGGGAUUGGAAUUCUCAAUGUUGAUGAAUCACUGAGAGCAGAAGAUGUGGAGGUUUAUUAUGAUCCAACUGAGCUUUUUGCAGGACUGCUUAAAGGGCCUUUAAUUUCUGGUUCAGAGCGCACAGAUUCCGCAUCUGUAGGCCUUCGCACUUCAUUCAACUUGUUUUACUCGGUUUGUGGCUCGAAAAUGGAAGCCCAACUUGCGGAAUUCCGCCAUGGUGAGACCAAGGGGAAUUUAGCCGAGAUAUCUAUGCAGCAGCAUCAUUCAAUCAACUCUUUGUAUUGCAAGACUGUUAAAGAGGAAGACAAACUAUCCAACAGGAUGCUUUCGGCUAACCUAGCCUCCUCCGUCCCUCGAGACCAACUUGGUGGUGAAAUGGUAAACACGCAAGACUCAAAAUAUCGUGCUAAAGAGCGAAAGUCAAUGACUAUUCAUAGCUAUUACCUUAACACCAAAGAAGAGUACGACCCAGUAACCGCUUAG